AUGGCGGGCGCGCGGCCCCGCCCACCCUGCCCGCCCCGACCAAUCGCAGCUCCGCUCGUCAGUGAGGGCGGGCGCGUUCUCAGCGCUGAUUGGCUGGCGGGGCCCGGCGCGCGAGGCGCCCCGCCCCCUUUGCACCGUCGCCUUCUCCCCCCGCCUCCCGUUAGUGUGAGGGGAAGGCGGCGGGCUCGGGACGCGGCGCUUUGGCCAAUGCGCAGUUCUGCGGUCAGCUCUGCCCUGUGGAGGCCCUGGAUGCUCCCAGCAAGGGAUGGGGAGGCCAUGGAGAACCAACAAAUGCCAGAAUUGGAUGGUCAAGUGAUAAAUUGUGCAUCAAAAGGAGCUCUGGGGUUCCAGCAUCCAGUGAGGCUUUAUUUGCCCAAAUCCAAAUCCCAGAAGUUUAUUGCUAACAUUGGAGAGAAGGUCCUGGCCAGUUUUCCUGUACAAGCCACAAUUCACUUCUACAACGAUGAUGCUGAGGAAGAGGAGGAAGAAGUGAGCCCUGAGAGACUCAGAAUCCACAUUAAAAAAUGA